GUGGAAGAAGUGGAAGCAGACGACGACAGCCAAAGCACUGCUCCUACCAAGUGAAAGAUAGGGUUGUGCAACAUCAACACAAAAUCCCCCCCCGACUGAUCCCGAGCCCUACCCCAUUAUCACACACCCACCUUACACACAUCUACCUUAUAACGCUCCGCACUCUCCACAUACCGGUACUCCUGCCUCGUUUUUCCCUCCCCCAAACACUUGCUCAUUCCCCUUUCCGUUGAUCGCAAACACAUACCUUCGUGAUGUCAGCCACUGGGGGAACUUACAGAGGGAAUCCAAGAGCUGCUCCGCCGGGUAGAGGGGCGACACCCAGCUUUUCCCCAGCACCAUCUGGUCCAGGUAUCCCUGUGCCUGCUCCCAGUCCCGGCGGCCCCUCGCACUCCGAAGCCGGUUCUAGUGUUAGUGAUAGCAGGAAGAGACAGAGCAAGAGAGACGAGGUAUUUAGGCGGACUAUCCCCCCCCCUCUUAUCGUUAUCUCAUCAAAAUCGCUAUUUUCACCUUCAAACACUGCUCUACUAUCUCCAUUCGAUCAUUCACAUAAUAUACUAACGACUCCAUGUUUACACGCGUAUAGGCUAUCCGUCGCAAAAUUGAAAAUGAUCUCAACAAAAAGAAGCACACGGUUUCGCGCGCUCGUCAGACUCGGAAGGUUGCCCCGGGAACCGUUAUGGCCCUUCGCCCAUCCCAGGCUCUGCAGAUAAAACCCAACACAACCGUCGCCGAGGCGGCUCAAAUCAUGGCUGCAAAGCGCGAGGACUGUGUUCUUGUCACCGAUGAUGAGGAUCGCAUCUCUGGUAUCUUUACCGCGAAGGAUCUUGCCUUCCGUGUUGUCGGGGCCGGGAUUAAUGCAAGGGAUGUGACCAUUGCCCAAAUCAUGACCAAGAAUCCUCUCUGUGCUCGUACCGACACUUCUGCUACUGAUGCCUUGGACCUGAUGGUUCGCAAGGGGUUUCGUCAUUUGCCCGUUAUGGAUGAGAACCAGGACAUUUCUGGAAUUCUCGAUAUAACAAAGUGUUUUUAUGAGGCUAUGGAAAAAUUGGAACGAGCGUAUGCAUCGUCUAGAAAGCUUUACGAUGCCCUAGAAGGCGUUCAAUCAGAGUUGGGAUCUUCUCAACCGCAGCAGAUUAUCCAUUAUGUUGAAGCAUUGCGACAGAAGAUGUCCGGUCCAGACUUGCAGUCGGUAUUGGACGGAAACCCACCUACCGUCGUUAGCGUAAGAACUACUGUGAAGGAUGCGGCAGCUAUGAUGAAGGAAAAUCACACAACUGCUGUAUUGGUUCAGGACGGUGGCAGUAUUACUGGUAUCUUUACCAGUAAAGAUGUGGUCUUGAGAGUGAUCGCCGCGGGAUUGGAUCCUGCAAAUUGCAGUGUGGUUAGGGUCAUGACUCCUCAUCCCGACUUCGCUCCUAUGGAUAUGAGUAUCCAGGCUGCCUUGAGAAAAAUGCAUGGUGGGUGGAAAUGAUUGUUGGCGUUUGUUGAGGAUUGAAAGAACUGAUAGAUAUUUGGGUAGAUGGUCAUUAUUUGAACCUCCCGGUCAUGAAUGAGGCAGCGGAGAUUGUUGGCAUGGUCGAUGUGCUGAAGCUGACCUAUGCCACUCUGGAGCAGGUGCUUAGGGUGUGAUCUGUAUAAUCCGUGAUACCGUACUAAUAUGGGUUUGCAGAUCAAUUCCAUGGGCACAACUGAUAGCGAGGGCCCUGCGUGGAACAAAUUCUGGAUGUCACUUGACAAUGAUACUGAAUCAGCCGUAUCGGACGGUACUAGACAUACUGGCCCGCCAAUCCGUCCUCAUCAGCCUGACUCGCCCGUUAGAGGCUCCAGGCAUGCAUCCGGAAUGUCUACGGACCGCCAUGAUAGUAGUGCUAUCCUCCCUACUGACUCUGCAUCUCACCAUGGCGAUUCCCCCCCUGCUUCUGUGGUCAUGUACCAACAACACUCCAAUCCCCUUGAUGCCCCGUUCCCUUUUAAGUUUAAGGCUCCUAGCGGGCGUAUGCAUCGUUGCCAGGUUGCGGCAAGCGGUGGUCUGAUAGAACUUCUCGCGGCCGUUGUCCAGAAGCUUGGAAGCGAAGUCCAAAAUGUUGGCGGAGAACCUGAAUUCGGUGCGGAGGGCAAGCUCGAGAAGCAAGGGUUUGCCAUGAGCUACGUGGAUAACGAGGGCGACAUCGUUUCCAUUACUUCCGAUAGGGAUUUGGUUGAUGCGAUUGAGAUGGCCAGGAGUGGAGGGAGGGAUAAGGUCGACCUAUACGUUCAUGAUCCGGAAUCCCCACCCGUCAUUGCUGCCGUCGAUACAAAGCCAACUACUGACACGCCUACUGAAUCUAUCGCUCAUAACAGACGAAGACGUAGACAUGAUGAGGAUACCGAGGAGUCAAGCGAGGAAGAAGAGGAGAAAGUGGCGCAUAGAAAAGCAAAGAAAAGUGCCGUAUCCCAUUUCCCGACCGUGGCCCCCGUUCAACCGGAGGUCAUUCCUGGUGUUCCGAACGAGCUACUCUUGCCUGGAGCUCUCGUCACCCUGGCUGUGGUAAUUGUCGGUGUUUUUGCCAUGUCCAGAAAAUAGGUGGUAUGAGGGAUCGCGGGAUGUGUUUAGUUGUACCUCUAUGAACGAGGUUGCCACUGCACCGAAGUGCUUUCUUCUAUUUCUUCUCUUUAAAACAGAUGGGCGGGAUAGGUUUCGUCUAGCGGUGAAUCACAAAUGUCGAGAUUGUCUGACAUCUUAGGGCUGCGUAGAUAUGUACUUUUCUUACUUUCUCCCUUUUCGUUCUUACUGGGUUGCUAUGUUUACAUCUGGACACGCCCAGUUGAGCUUGAUAAUGGCCGAUUCGCAUAAAUGGUCCUUUGGGUCUUUUGCAAUCUGGCUUUUAUAGUGGUUUACAUGGCCCGAUGUCCCUUCAAAAAAAAAUUGUCGCUGGAAGUAGUGCCAGCAGUGCAUCUGUAAUCCAUUCUCCUUUGUUUGUUUUUCCUUCUUUACCUUCAUGGCCUGCGCUUUGCAUUCUUUCUUUCCCUCGUUGCCCUCUUUUUUCAGCUUGUUAUUGUUUUUUUACUUCUUCCCCUUUUCUUUUCAGUAUCAGCAUCAACCAACGAUUGUGAUAACCCUACGUAGUACCGGUAUUUCACAUUCUCUAGUUUCUUUUUUAAUCUUUUCCUUGCAGAUCUCAGCCCUGUGACGAGCAAUCUUACAAAUUCUCUCCGUCAGAAUUUAUUAAAAUCUAAGCAGACCUCAGC